GCUGCGGGGGAGGAGCGCGCGGAGGCGGUGGCGGGGACCGCACGCCAGCGUGCCCGCUGCGCUGUCCCGGCCCGCUCGUCGCCCGAGCCCCGCCGUGCUGUCCCCGAGGCGAAUCACUGUGUAUGGUCCUUCCUUGGCCCCUUCUGGAAAGCAGUUGUCCAGCAUUUGGGUGUGUGGAACUUUAUGAACUGUUCCAUCUCCUUUUCAAAGGAUAUCGCUGAAGAUUUCAAGUUCUCAGACAUUGUUAGAGGGACACGUGAUUAUCAGUAAUCAUGAAGAACCCAUUUGCACACCUUGCUGAGCCCUUGGAUCCUGCACAACCAGGAAAAAAAUUCUUCAAUUUGAAUAAAUUGGAGGAUUCAAGAUAUGGACGCCUACCAUUUUCAAUCAGAGUUCUCCUGGAGGCAGCUGUUCGGAACUGUGAUGAAUUUUUAGUGAAGAAAAAUGACAUUGAAAAUAUCCUAAAUUGGAAUGUCGUGCAGCAUAAGAACAUAGAAGUACCAUUUAAGCCUGCCCGUGUCAUCCUACAGGACUUUACGGGAGUGCCAGCUGUGGUUGACUUUGCUGCAAUGCGUGAUGCCGUGAAAAAGUUGGGAGGCAAUCCAGAGAAAAUAAACCCAGUCUGUCCUGCUGAUCUUGUAAUUGACCAUUCUAUCCAGGUUGACUUCAACAGAAGGGCUGACAGUUUACAGAAGAAUCAGGACCUAGAAUUUGAAAGAAAUAGAGAACGAUUUGAAUUUUUAAAGUGGGGUUCUCAGGCUUUUCGCAACAUGAGGAUUAUUCCCCCUGGUUCAGGAAUCAUCCACCAGGUGAAUUUGGAGUACUUAGCAAGAGUGGUGUUUGAUCAGGAUGGAUAUUAUUACCCAGACAGUCUCGUGGGCACAGAUUCACAUACUACCAUGAUUGACGGUUUGGGUGUUCUUGGUUGGGGUGUGGGUGGUAUUGAAGCAGAAGCUGUCAUGCUGGGUCAGCCAAUCAGCAUGGUGCUUCCCCAGGUGAUUGGCUACAGAUUGAUGGGAAAGCCCCAAGCUCUGGUAACAUCUACUGACAUUGUGCUCACCAUUACCAAGCACCUCCGCCAGGUUGGAGUUGUGGGCAAAUUUGUCGAGUUCUUUGGGCCAGGAGUAGUCCAGUUGUCCAUUGCUGAUCGAGCUACAAUCGCGAACAUGUGUCCAGAGUAUGGAGCAACAGCUGCCUUUUUCCCAGUUGAUGAAGUUAGUAUCAAGUACCUGGUACAGACAGGUCGGGAUGAAAACAAAGUUAAGCACAUUAAAAAAUAUCUUCAGGCUGUAGGAAUGUUUCGAGAUUUCAGCGACUGCUCUCAAGACCCAGACUUCACCCAGGUUGUGGAAUUAGAUUUGAAAACAGUAGUACCUUGUUGCAGUGGACCCAAGAGGCCUCAAGACAAAGUUGCUGUGUCUGAUAUGAAGAAGGACUUUGAGAGCUGCCUUGGAGCCAAGCAAGGAUUUAAAGGAUUCCAAAUUGCCGCAGACCAUCAUAAUGACCAGAAGACAUUUAUCUUCAACAACAGUGAAUUCACCCUUGCUCAUGGCUCUGUGGUUAUUGCUGCCAUUACUAGUUGCACAAACACCAGUAAUCCAUCUGUGAUGUUAGGAGCAGGAUUAUUAGCAAAGAAAGCUGUGGAUGCCGGCCUGAACGUGAAGCCUUACAUCAAAACCAGCCUGUCUCCUGGAAGUGGAGUGGUCACUUACUACCUGAGAGAAAGUGGAGUCAUGCCUUAUCUGUCUCAACUUGGGUUUGAUGUGGUGGGCUAUGGCUGCAUGACCUGCAUUGGCAACAGUGGACCCUUACCUGAACCUGUGGUAGAAGCCAUCACUCAGGGAGACCUAGUAGCUGUUGGAGUACUAUCUGGGAACAGGAACUUUGAGGGUCGAGUCCACCCCAACACCCGGGCCAACUAUUUAGCAUCUCCCCCCUUAGUAAUAGCAUAUGCAAUUGCAGGGACCAUCAGGAUUGACUUUGAGAAAGAACCAUUGGGGACAAAUGCAAAGGGACAACAUGUAUUUCUGAAAGACAUCUGGCCCACUCGAGAUGAGAUCCAGGCGGUGGAGCGACAGUAUGUCAUCCCUGGGAUGUUUAAGGAGGUCUAUCAGAAAAUAGAGACUGUGAAUGAAAGCUGGAAUGCUUUAGGAGCCCCAUCAGAUAAGCUGUACUUCUGGAAUACCAAAUCCACAUACAUUAAAUCACCACCAUUCUUUGAAAAUCUGACUUUGGAUCUUCAGUCCCCUGAGUCUAUAGUGGAUGCCUACGUUCUAUUAAAUUUGGGAGAUUCAGUAACAACUGACCAUAUCUCUCCAGCUGGAAAUAUUGCAAGAAAUAGCCCUGCUGCUCGUUACUUAACUAACAGAGGCCUAACUCCUCGAGAAUUCAACUCCUAUGGCUCCCGCCGGGGGAAUGAUGCCAUCAUGGCACGGGGAACCUUUGCCAACAUUCGACUGUUAAACAAAUUUUUGAACAAGCAGGCCCCACAGACUAUACAUCUUCCUUCUGGAGAAAUCCUUGAUGUGUUUGAUGCUGCGGAGCGGUACCAGCAAGCAGGCCUUCCCCUGAUUGUUCUGGCUGGCAAAGAGUAUGGCUCGGGUAGCUCCCGAGACUGGGCCGCCAAGGGCCCUUUCCUGCUGGGAAUCAAAGCCGUUCUAGCUGAGAGUUAUGAGCGCAUUCACCGCAGUAACCUGGUCGGAAUGGGGGUGAUCCCCCUUGAGUAUCUCCCUGGUGAGAAUGCAGACACUCUGGGACUCACAGGACGAGAACGAUACACUAUUGUCAUUCCAGAAAACCUCACACCACAAAUAAAAGUACAGGUCAAGCUGGAUACCGGAAAGACCUUCCAGGCUGUCAUGAGGUUCGACACUGAUGUGGAGCUUACUUAUUUCCGCAACGGAGGCAUCCUCAACUACAUGAUCCGCAAGAUGGCCAUGUAGGCCCUUGUCUCUUAGGAGACAUGCACUAGGUGCUGCACCUAGGGGGAGCCCAGCCAGCUGGGGUGCUAGUGGAAAUGCCCCCCUUGCAGACAGCAAGUGAGCACUGCAUUUUGGGUGCCAUUCCUGGAGGCACAAAGCCAGAAGUUUCUACAUCCUCUGUUAUCAUUAGCCUUUUAAUCUUUUUCUAGAAUUUGGAAACUGUAAUCAUGGGAAGGUCAGUAGUGCAAAAAGAGAACCAGCCUGUCUUUAAAUCAGUGAUACUGAUUUUUUACUCUUUCCUAUUAAUUUUUAGCUGAGCACUACUAGCAGGGCUUCUCAUAAGGUGUCUCCUACUUUGUUUUCCCUCCUACCCUUCUUAUUGCUCUUCUGUUUUCCUCUGCUCAGUGAAACCCUUCUCUUGAAGGCCCUGUUUCUUUGCAAUUUAUACCAGUGUUAAUUGACAUAGCUAAGAACUUUUUCACUUCAAAUCAUGAUAGUGAUUGUGAUCCUUCUUAAGAGUGAAUGAUCCAGACAUCUCAUGAACAGUUCAAAUAUUGAAUUUUUUGAUGAUGUACCUUUUGAUGGAUCUGCAUAACAAGAAGAAUGUUUUCUUGUAUUAUCUUCAAAAAUUUUUCCCAGAAAAUGUUUCAUCUGUCAAGAGACCUUUAUUUGAAGACAGAUUGGGAGACAGAAUAUUUCUAAUUUGAAUAAGAUUAAAUAUAUUUUCAUGGAAAA